AUGGAUUAGAAUUAAUUUAUUAGAUUUAUAGAUAUUGAGACCUAAAAAAAUUUAAUAAAAUUAUUAAAUAUUUAAGAAGAUUCACCCUUAAUAGAUUAAGCUGUUAUUUUUAAUAUAGAAAAGAAAUAUGAAUAUACAUGGGCUUAAAAGCUGUUCUAAUCAACUAUUGAUCCUUCUCAUUUCAUUUUAAACUUUCCUACAACAGGAAAAAAAUACAUAUUCUUAAAUAAAAAUAUGAAAUACACGAAAAAAAUUUAAUAAAAUGAACAAAUAAUAGAAGAUGAUAGGUUAUUCAGUGUCAUAUAUUGUUUUGAUUUUAAAAAAAAAGCAUGGACCGAAAAGGAAUAUUUAAAUGCAUCAAAGCAUUUCAUAAAAGCUUUAAACUUAAAUCAAGAUUUGAAUAACAUAAAAAAUAUGAAAUGGAGAUAAAGCGGAAUUAACUGGGGAAAAGCAACUUUGUAUUCUAGAUGCUAUUAACACUGUGAGGCUAAUUGUAUAGGAAGCUGUAGUAAGUGUGUUUAUUUUUUAUAAGAAGAAGAAUUAAAAAAUUCUUUUAUUCCUUACAAAAUAGAAUAAAACCCUAAAUUCAUCUUUGAAAACGCUUUAUUUGAAAUUGCUAAACGCUUUAAUGAUUAUUUAUAUCCUUUGUUAAUUUUCUAGUAAAACGAAAUACCUAUUAAUUUAAACGAAUUUCUUAUUAAAACGAGCUGUGUUUUGUCAUAAGCUAUAUUUGCUAAGUCGAAAUGA